GCUGCCACAGCCUUGUCGGUUUUCAUACUAUGACAUCGUGCAGUAGUAUUGUAUUGACUGGUGUUGAAUAGUGAGUAAUAAUGUGGUAAAUUGUGUGGUAUUAUUCCUCGGACUUUUGUACAUUAUCGAAUGACGAUAAUGUGACGAGAGAUGAGCUGAAUAUAUUGUAAGAAGAAUGUAAAGACUAGGUUGCGGCCGGCGGAUGGAUACGCGGCCAUUUUAGAACAGGCGAUGCGGCAACCGUGUGUAUUCCGCCAUUCGAAACAAUCGAAGUGUUUUUCUCCAGGUGCAAGUCCUGGAAUUUUGGUGAAUAGUUUGUGGUAUUUAUGAAGUUUGUGAUAUGUGAUACGUUCGGAUCAGUCUGGAAGUUUUAAGGAUUACAGUGAAGUGAGAAUUUUGUUCAUAUGUGGUAUACAGGAUGAGGUAGGGCGAUGGAAAACGAAGUGAAGCAGCGGAAUCAAAGAAAUCGUCGACGUGAACGGGCGCAGCGCAUGCAAGCUCAGAGAGAAAGCAAAGCGAAGGAUGGGGAUAGUGCAGAGGACGAAUCUCCAGCUCGUGAAAAACCUCAGAGACCUCCUAAUAGAAGGAAAAAAUCAAAAGAACCGCCGUUCGAAGAGGACAUCAUUGAUGGAUUUGCAAUUUUAGCCUUCCGCACGUACGAGGAUCUUGAGAGUGUGAUGAAGCAUGCGGGCAAGAAUAACAUUAAGAAUGUGAAUUCCUUGAACUUAAGUGACGAGAAGCCAAGAAUUGAUACUGGGCAAAAGAUCAACAGUAAUCACCACAUUGGUUCGAAUCCUGCGCAGUGUCUGGCGUCACUUAACCACGACGCUGCGGGCACAAGCGACGACAGUGGAAGGGCGUCAGAGCGGUUAAACGGGCCCAUAGCUUCUCGUGAUCGAGAUAGCUCACACGACAGGCUCAGUGAUGUCAGCAGUCAUUGUAGCUCAGGAAAAGGCUAUAUCUGUGAUAGCGAAGGUGAAGACGAUAAGGGGUCCGAUGCGGGGUCAGAUCUCUUCACUACCACUCGAAAACACGAGUUACCGGGCAACCCACCUCCUCCUAUCAACAACGGAACGGGAUCGCCUGGUGGGGGCAGUGGCGCGACCAGUCCUGCCCCCAGCCCUCCGCCCCCACGCGUCCCUACUCCUCCACCACCGCCACCUCAACCACACAAUCCCACGGCCAUCUCGAACCCACCCUCGUCGCCUUCACACUCAUCGCAACCGAGUGUGGUAUCAAACGGACCAGUACCACGCGUUGUAUCCGCGCAAUCACUGGUUCAGUCUUCAUCGCCAGUCCCCCCUCCGCCCCUCGUUCCUCUGCCACUGCCUUUGUCACUUCCUCCGCAACCACAGCCACAGGUCCAGCCACCACCGACAGCAGCGCCACAGCAACACUGCCUGAACAGUAGUACCAACAGCGCCAAUACCAACAGCCGGACCAACAGUCCAGCCGUGGCAACUCCAGCUCAGCCUGCCCCUAACAGCUAUGCACCCCUGCCUCUAAAUGCUUAUUCAAAUUCCCAUCCGCAUCCUCACCCCGCUUACCCGCCCCUGUACGCGCCCUAUUCCGCAACUCUGCAGCACAGUCCGUAUCUUCCUCAAGCAGCGGCCUCACCACUGCCUUCCCCACGCAAUGACACGAGGUCUGCAAGAUCACCGUGCCCUAUCGUUGCCAAGCAGCCACAGCAUUCUGGUGGAUCUUCAACCAUUCCCUCGGUGACAACACCCGCCACUGCAGCUUCAGCACCUAUUGCCACCACAACGACAGCACCAACAGUGACAACAGCAACAGCUGUAGUUGUGACAACCACAACAACAAGCCACAGAGACAUUGUGACAACACCUGUAGUUGGUCGGAGUCAUUCACCAAGGGGCCACAGUCCAAACAGAGAAAGGGACAGUUAUAGCAGUAACGUAAGUAGCCUAAGCCGAAGCAGUAUCACCCCUGUGAGUGUGGCAACAUUGUCUAGUAGUUGCGUAAUCACGAGUAACUCGUCUCCCUUCAGUUCAUCCCAAGCGCCAGCUCCAGCUGUUGUGUCUUCUAGUCUCGCGUUCUCCAAAACACCAUCAUGGGGCAGUUCAAGUGGGCAGCAACUGUCACCUGCAGCAUCGGUGCCACGACCAACGCCCCCUCCUGUGCCACUUCCAGCCACUCAUCCACUGCAUCCCACAACACAUCCAUUUCCUCCACCAAUGUUUGCACCUCCACUUCCACCCUCUGCUGCAACAGCCAGUCCUUUGAGCCUGCCACCAGCUGCCAACCCUAACCCCUUCUCAGCAGAGUCACUCUUCCAGUCAAACCAGGCAGACAUGUUGCGUCGGGAGUUAGACAGCAGGUUUCUGGCAUCGCAGGAUCGUACAUUAAAUGUAGGGCCGCCACCAUACCUGCGCACUGAGAUGCAUCACCAUCAACAUCAGCAUACACAUGUACACCAACAUACAGCGCCAAUACUGCCACCCCCUCCAGCACCUUCCCUCUUUCCCACACCUCUGUUUAAGGAAAUCCCGAAAUUAGGUGGUGUGGAUUCUCCAUUUUACAGGCAGAAUCUUGGACUCACAAGCUACCCUGGAUUUUCUCCAGGUUUAUUACAUCCUAGUCUAGGGGGUUCUACUCCCUUUGCUCCACCCAGUCAUCUCCCCACAUUUACACCAAAGCAGAUGGGUGACCCCUCGAAACCUAAACCAGUGAAGUCAGGUCGUUGGAAUGCAAUGCACGUGCGCAUUGCUUGGGAAAUCUAUCACCACCAGCAGAAGCAGCAACAAGAGGCAAAAGCUGGAGCUGGAAAGGCUGAACUGCUUAGGCCACCGAACCAUCUGUUUCCUAGUGGCUUGGCUGCUCCACCCCGUCCUCAUGACCUACCUUCAUUUGCAACUUCUCUGUCAGGACACAGAGGACCACCGUUUGAUACAGCACCUCACCCAAGCAACUUUCUCAACCCGCCUGCCAGUCAUCUUGGUGGUGGAGUGUCUCCAUUUGGACGCUAUCCUGCAAGUUUUGGUGGUCCAAACUCUGCUUUUCCUGGUCUUGGAACAUCAGUGUUUCCACCACCACGAGACCUUCCUCCCCUGCCAACCCUUGGGCCUGUUCAUGAUCCCUGGAGCCGACUACAACGGACCGCGGGCGGUUUCCCAACAUCGGCUGCAAGUCCAUGGGGUCUGAAACCAGAACCAAAUCCACUGGAGAGGAGGGAACUUGAGGAACGUGAAAGAGAGAGAUGUGAGAGGGAGCGGGAGAGGGAACGAGAGAGGGAACGUUGUCGUAGAGAACGGGAGGAGCAGCGUGAGAGAGAACGGCGAGAACGUGAGAGAGAAGAGAAACAGCGUAAGUUGGAGGCAGAGCGUGAGAGGGAACGUGAGCGUGAAAGGGAGAGGGAAAGGGAACGUGAGAGGGAAAGGGAAAGAAGGGAAAAGGAGAGGAGAGAGCUGGAAAGACGGGAAUUAGAGCGGGAACGUCUUCUUCACCAGCAGCGUGUUGAAAACAGCAACAAAAUUAUAUCUCGGGACAGGUCACCCAUUCGCAAUGGAACUACACCAGAUGGUGAUGGGGUGAGAGUAAAGGAAGAACCUCGGACUGGCAAGGAAGACGAAGUGGUCUUGUUAAGUCGGCCCGGAGCGGCAACUGACGCUCGCUACCAUCCCCAUCACUAUUUGUCCCGUCACUCUCAUGGAAUUCCCCCCCCACCAGCAUUGUUGGACCGGUCCAGGGUGGUUCCACCAGUGUUGGGUGGUCCACCAAUACCACCACACUUUGCCACUGGUCCUGGUUCUACAUGGCCAGGAGCAGAUCCUUUCAGAGAUAAUGCAUACAGGUUUGACCCACUUCAACAGCUACGUUUCAAUCCAUUGAUGGCUGCUGCAUUCAGGGCUGAAGAAGAGGAGCAUGCUAAGUUAUUUCAACCCUACCCACCACACCCAGGACCCCAUUUACGGGGAAAGGCCCCUAGUCCCUCUGGAGCAAUGCAGAACAACCAUCAUCUCCAUCAUCGGGCAGGACCUGGACCUGGACCUGGACCGGGGCCUGUAGGACACAAACUGGCGUGCCCAACGCCUCCUUCAACCAGGCAGCUGGAUGGCACUCAAGUGGUGGACUUGCACAAGAAGGAGGAGUCUUCACAAUCGCGAUGAUAGCCACUCUUGCCCUGUGUGAAUGUGUUCCCAUUUGCAGCCUCACAAGACCAGAGAGGAACCAGGGAGUUGUGACUGGCCAGUUUUCGAUCUCUUCCCUGCACAUUGACGGCCAUUUUCUCAGUUCUGCUUCCUGCUGUUUGCUAUGUCUGGUCUUGUGAUUAAGCUAACUGAGUCAUUGUGUGUUGUUUGACUUGCAAGAAGGAAACUCUGUCUGUCUGUCUGUGUGCUAAUUUAUUUUAUUACAAAAAGAGAGAAUGUAAUUUAAAUACCAACAGUGGACCUGAGUUCUGCUCCUGUAGUUCAGUACAUUGUGUAUGUGCACUUCUGGCCAAAAUGUGAAAUUGGUUUGACAAUUGUUUGUUGAGAGUCUCUCAACUAACCACACCAAAUGAGAAAGAAGCUGAAUUAUGGCAUAUUAGACCCAGCCAUUUUUUAUACAUAAAAUGAGUGGAAUGCUUUUUUACAUUGAAUGAGCAAUCUGUCAUAUUUUUGCGUGAAAAAAUCCUUUUUUUUAAUGUAAACUGUCUUUCAGAAUGAAAUAACAAGCAAUUUUAAAAAGUAUUCAUUCCUACAGAUAUAGCAUUAAGCUUCAACUUCACUUUGAGUCUCUAUAAAAUAAAUAAACUGUGAAAUAAUUUAUUAGUUGCUUUAAUAGGUGCUACCAUCUGUUGUGAUGUCCUGCUAUGGCCAUAAUAACAUGAGAUGUUCAACUAAAAGUUUGAAGGAAGAGGAGCAUUUAAGUGGCUGUGGUCCAGAUGCUUACAUUGCAGAUCUCUGACUGUCCAGCCAAAUAGAUUUGUUCCCUCUCUAGGUUGUUUCAAACUGCCACACUUGGAAUGAGAGAAUUAAUUAAAUUUGAUAUUAAAAUACUAUUAAUUUAUCUUUUGGAAGUAAUUUUUGCUGGUAUAAAUCAUUUGGCUAGUUUCAGGGACAGACAUUUAUAAAACAAUUUACAUGAAUUUUGAUUGAAUUCACUUGCUUUUGAAUGCUUCUUUCACAUGAUGUAAAAUAUACAAAAUCAAUGGAUGGGUUCUUGGACAGUGGUUGCUGCAGCCGUAAAAUUGUCUUAAAUUAUUUACCACCCAUGUUACUUUAAUAUUUGUUACAUAUGGCCUGCAAAUAAAUUUAAUAUUAAUAAUUUGGCCCUACAUCGAUCUUACCCUUUCAUACAUAUUAUAAGUUUAAACCAUUGGCAAAUCAAUAUAGUAGAAUCUAUAUUUUCACAAAAUUGCAAGUGUUUGUGCCCCUAGUACAUGUUAAUUCACUGUAUGUACAACUGGGUAUGAGAAAAUUGAGUUCAACUCAAGUUUGGACCACCAGUCAGAGUUUGAAAUAUGUUGUCCACGUUUCUUAUUAAUAAUGUUGUUUUCUCUAUCUUCUGGUAAUGUUCAGUAAGUGCAAACAAUUGGUAUUAGCAAUUUUUAGUAAUGGAAUUUUUCUUCCAAUACUUCUUGGUCCAAAGGCAGUUCGAAAUAGCCCCAUUAUUUACCGUAACCUGAUAUUAGGUUGUUCUUUAUGUUCUGUGUUACUCAGUGUUCUCAUAAACAGUGUAUUAUGACUUUUAUUAUGCAUUGUCCUUCCUUCAGAAUAGGCCUGCAUGAAGCUCAAAAAUACUUCUUAUGAAGUGUUCAUUGUAAAUUUUAAUUUGUUGUGCUGUUUUCAAUGUAAUUUUCAAGUGAAGGCAUUUAUACACUUCAGUGUAUUACCCCAAUCUUUCAGACUCAGAGGAAAUGUUUUUAUGUAAGGUUUGUUUAAAGUGUAAUAGUUUUUGAAUAUUGACAAAUACUAUGUAUAAUUGUACCUUUACAGACAACCAACCAGUAUGCUGUUGGAUAAUUUAGGCAUAAAAUCACGCAUGACAGUCUCAUUACGUGUAGUAUGUGAUAUAUUAAUUUUCCUCAGGCUUUGUUUACUUUUCUCUGCCCAAAUCAAAGCAUCUGUGCAUCUGGUUUUUGAUUCAAGAAUUUUAGAAAAAUGUGCUGCAUGCAGUAUUUGGAUAAAUAGAAUAUUCCUGAAAAGUUUCGCAGACAAGAAUUAAUUGUACACACAUUGGGUAGGUCCCUUCACAGGUUCAGAAGAAAUUUGCCAACACACACACACACACACACACACAGUGCUUUCUUGACUUCAGUUCGUAUGAACUGAAAUUGUCUCUGUGAAUGGCCAAAAAUCCUGUUGCAUCUUAUGGAGUCUUUAUCUGGGUGGUGAGUUUUCCACUCUUAUGAUACCUUUUCUAAUGCAGCUUUGCAUGAUACAAAUGUCUUUCAAUGCAUUCUUCUUGUAACUACAUUUGUUUAACUAAAUGCAUUUGGUAUUAUUGAGUUUCAGGAAAACUGUGGCUGUUGUGGAGUGGUUAUAAAGUUUUCAGUAGAUACCCCUCUAGGACUACUGCGGGUAACUGCAACAAAUUUUUAAAAUUGCUCAGCACUGACAUGCAUUGUAGGCUUUACAAGGAUUAUACUUCAUAGAUAAAUACUUUUCUUUUUAUAUGAACACACUGGUUUUAACAUAUCAUAUAAAUAUUUAUACUGAAUGUCACAACUGAUUGGUUAUCACUCCUGCUUCAUAUUCAGAGUUAUAAGGUUUAUAUUUUCCUGAUUUUGGUUUUCAUGGCUUCACACAAAACCACGAAUUAAAACUUGGCAUUUCUGAAAUUCAAGUAUAAAGCAUUAGUGCCAUGAAAACCUGCUCAGUUAUGACAUGGGACAAGACAUGGUGCUGCUUUAAUAGGAUUUCAAAGAAGGAACUAUUUCAACAUAACCUUAGAACCAAGGAGCCAAGCAAUACAUAUUACUUCAAGUUGCUUGGUAUAAAACAUUCUGUAGAUACCAGCUGUAUCUCUUCCCGUGGUAAUACCAAAUGCACUUGGUCAAAGCAAAUAAAGUUUACACUGUUCUAGGUAUAACCCUUUGGCAUAAGUUCUAAGUGCAGUGGAACAGUUUUUGCAACUGAUUCUGGGUCUUUUGAUGGUUUUCUUAGGUGCCAGCAUGUCUGCGAUAUGAACUGUACAGUUUGAAAGAUUCAACUAUGAGUAAAAGUCAUAACCAUAUUUUACCCAUCUUUUAAAGCUUGUUAUGUUAUGUAAAGUGAAUAGUAUAAUUUUAUUUUAUUGCUGUGAAUAAUUUAUUCUGAUUUCAUUGUCAUUAUUAUCUUUUAAAGAAUUAGUUAUCUUUUUACAAAAAAGGUAUGUUUCAAGGCAAACAGUGAACAGUGAACCUGUUCUUAUAAUUCACACUCUGUUGUUAUCAUACUUGGCUGUUUUUAAAUUUUAUAAUAAAAUGUCACUAUUAGAAUAAUUCUUUUUCUAUGAUCUUACAUUGUGGAAUGAAGUGCAAACUAGUAAUGUUUUGUUUCAUUACACGUACUGAGAUGAAGCAUAAGAUAACCUUCCUCAACAGUUUAAAGGUUUCAUUGCCUUUUCAUAAUGUUCUUUCUCUAAAUUUAAUUUCUUUAGCAUGUUUUUAUAUCUGAAUUGCCAAUAAUGAAUUGGAAAUUUUUUGGAAGUCAGUUACAUUGAAAUGUCAAAAUAUAAAGAUAGCAAUGGAAUUGGUAGUAUCUAGUCCUCAGAAAUGUUUUAAGUGACUUGUUGCCAUGUAAAUAAUGUUAUUGUGGAUCUCAAGGUGCAGAUCCUAAUCGUUAAAGGAAUGUAUUAUAUUUAUUGAAGUGAAAGUCUAAAAUAAAGUAGUCCUUACCCCUAAGUGCCACAGCAAGAUCAUGUGUAAGAGAGUGGAGGUAAAACUCUCUACAGUCUUAACUUUGAUGGAGGUGAACAGCUUUACCUUGGCCCCUGGAAAUAAGACCCUGACAUCUAUUUGAUGGAGGUCUAGGUGAGCCCCAGAGCUGGUCUGGGCAUGGUGGUGAAGACAGAGACCCCAAUUACAUUGCAAAGGAAGUGAUGUGGACCAAGUUUGAACUUUUUACCUUUGGGGAGAAACACUUGACUUCACAGCAUGACAGACACACCAUAGAUAUAAAAAAUAUCUCUGAUUUGCAGUAGAUGCUUCUUUAUUUCCUCUUUCUACAAAAUUUUUAGUGAAGAUUUUACUUUUGUGUGGUUUUCAUAGUGUGUGUAUGUGUGUAGCUAUUUUAUUUAUUUUUCUGGCUCCAUUUCCUUUUUAAUCUUUACCUGUGAUAUAAUCUUAGAGAUUUCAGACUCAUUUACACUUGUUUAACUCCCAAGGUGAAGGUACCUCCAUUUAUGUUCUCUUGAUAAGACACUCAUAUACCCAAUUUAUGUAAUAGGUGCAUUCCAGGAAAAUUGUGCUUAACACAGAAGUGUAAAUUGAAGUUGCUUUUUGUGAAACAUGCAUUCACUAGUGUCUGUUAUGUAAGCAACUAAAAAGUGGUUCAUUAGAAUUGGAUAACUGUUAGAUAUGAUUUUGGCGCAUUUAAUGCGUAAAGUGAGCAUGUGAUUGAAUUGUGUAAGGCUUUCUACACUUCCACUUAUUAUAAGGUGAGCUUAAUAUUGCUCCAUAUGAAGCUCAAAUCAGACUCCUUAAGAUUUCAGAAAAAUCGCUCAUCAUUCAAAAGAAGAGUACAUACCACAAAAUAUGUAUCUUAUUGAGAUUCAUAAUUUUAAUUUGAAACCGUUUUCAAAAUGGGAAUAUUUAAUGAGGUUCAAGGAGGAGAAAGGUGUGUAGAGAAAAACUUUUGAGUAUUCUACAUUGGAGUAUACAUCUUCCACUUGUAUUGCUUUGAUUUAUUUUAGUGUUUUUCUUUGUAAUAUCCACAUUAAGUGCUCUGCAAUCCAAAGACAGUCUAACUUCUGGUCUGUCUGCAACUUAUGUUUAAUUACCAAUAGUCCAUAUUCCCCGCUUAAGAAUUUCACAUAUGCUUGUAACCUGCAUUGCAUUUGUUUUUCAAGAAGCAACAAGAAAAGGACCUGAUUGGAUUUGUUCAAAAUUUUGAUUAGUAAGUGAAUAAGAGGGGUAAGAGAAUAUCUUUAGGAAAAUUAAUGAGACGUAAGGAAGUAAUACCAUCUUUUAUGUGUUCUUUCAGAUACUUUGAAAAAAUUAACAAGGUUUUAAGGUAGAUUGGGGUAAUUCAUUGUGUGUGUUGGGCUACAGAUACAGAGUAAUUCUCCAGCCCCUAUAACAUGAAGGUCAUAUUUUUUUGUGUUUUAUAUUCUGUUCUUGAUGUUAAAUGAACCUGGUCUCGGACUGUCCAAGAAUUUAUAUUAAUGUGUGUGUGUAUAGUGACCAACAGGGAGGGCCAUGGAAUGUGGAAUCCUGAGUGCUGUAUCAUAAAUGUAAUGUGGCUGGUUAGGUGUUUGCUUUUGCUUCAGAAUGCAUUUGUUCUUCCAUGCUCAUACACCUGAAAAACUAAGUAUCAUCACAUUGAAUGCCAAAAUUUGUAGUGCUAAUUUCUAGUAAAAUAACUUUACACAAGUACCUGACACAAUUUUAUGCACCAUCAGAUUCUGUAUUUGGUAUUAGGUGGGGGAGAAAAUGGGAGAAUGUUUAUUUAUGUUAACAUAUUCUUGAUCAUUAUUUGUAAGUCAUGAUUUAUAGCCUGUAGCUUUGGUCAUCUGAAUUGAUUUUAUAUGGGGCUGGUAUAUUAAUCUGUAUUUGUAUAUUUUGGUUAAAGAUUGCUGUACAAUCUCUAUGAGUUUAUAAUAGCUAAAACCGGCUUGCACAGCAGCUCACUGUUCCUUAGAAUGACCAUCUGUAUAUGUAAUUCCUUGAAAUUGUGUAUUUAAAAAUGUACCAGACAGAAUUAGUGCCUAUAUCAUCAAAACGUUUAUUGCAGUUUCAAGUGGAAGAGACUUCCAGUACAUGUGAACAGUUGUAGAAAACACAUAAUAAUACAGAGUGAUUCUUAAAUAAGGCCUUUGACCCUUUCCAUGCUGGGCUUUAUUUAAGGGAACUUCUUUUCUGUUUAUACAUAUUUCCACCCUGAUACAUAAUUUCUGUUGUUGAUAAACCACAGAUAGCUUGUUCAGAUAUAAUGGGAUGCAUAAAUUCAGAGAAGUGUUGGUGCUUCUAUACAUCUUUGCAUAGCAUGUAAAGGGUUAAAGAGGGCCAUUAAACUUAUUGCUGACUUAGGGAGAAAAUGCUAUCAAAACUGGAAUAUGUCAGUGCCAAAGGUCUCAGAUUUGACAUCAUGUCAGAUUCAUUAAAGACUGUUCUGCUUAACAUUUAUCAGCACCUGUGUGAAUGCAGGAAGCACCAAUUCCAACAUUUGAUGGCCAGGACAUUGUACUAUAUAACAUUAUCAUCCAAUGGCAUUUCCAGCAGGAUAGAAACCUUCAUUCUUCCCUAUCCACUUAGAAGCACUUCUUGUCUAUCUGUAUCCACUGUUUUCCCAUUCUAUUUUGUAUAUCUUCCCUUGCAUCACCUUGCCACCUUUCUUGUAGCCCCAUUUUUAAAAUUAAUAAAUUGUAUUUGAUGCAACUAUUACUUCUAAACAAAGGAAUCAUAUUCAUUUGUACUCGGCAUUACAUAUGUGUGGGCAUAUGUGAGAGCCUGAAAAACAGUUUCUAUUUACCUAUCACCACUGCAUUUAUAUUCACUGUGUGUAUACACUGUUAGGCUAGUUUAGGUCCUUUAUAUGCUAUGGUUUAGUAUUUAAGUGUGAUGGGGAAGAUUUAACAGCAUUUCCACUGUUUUGUUGCAUUGCAUGUCACAAAAUGUCAAGGUUGAAAAACAGCCUUCUGAAGUGGCCAGUUUUGUAUAUUAUUGUUUACCCUGUCAUUUGCUUGGUGCUUAAAUAUUUAGACAAUAUUUAUGGUUUUAGACAGUGUAACAUUAAUAUGUAUUACAUGAGAUUUGAGUUUCAUGCAGUGGUGGAGAUGUCAUCGGUGGUUUUCCAUGUGGAUUUGUAUGAGGGUACUAAUGUCACAUCACAGAAGACUACAAGUAAUAGUAAUGUCUGUUGGGAACAAGUAAGAUGACUUUGUUUUUCACAGGACCAAAGCGGUUAAAAAGGUUUCUUACUAGAUGUGUGUAUGCGUAAUCUUAUAAAAGGUAGUAAAUUUUGCAAGAUUUGUUGCAAGUUCGCAUUAUAACAAAAUCUCGGAAGAUUUUGUAUGUUGCGUAAUUCAUAGACAAGAUACAUUCUACAGAGAAAUGAUCUGCCACUUGACCUUCCCACAUCCACUCAUUGCAUGGAGCACUGCUCAUAUGCACAUUUAAUAAAACAAUGUAGUUAUUUACACACACACACUUAACCAGUCACUGGUUGGAUGCUGAAGUUACUGACAGGAUAUUUUAUAUAACUGCUAGUCAGAUGUAGUAGUAAAUGUGUCAAGAAUCAUUCUGUAUAAACAUGUGCAUUAAAUUCCUAAGACUGGUCAUGUGUUACAGUGAUGCUUAUAGUGUUCCUUUGUUGUUUUUUUUUCAUUUCACCGUUUUCUUUCUUUUGCAAAGUUGUUUCAAGUUUGAGAAUAGGAACAGUAACCUGUAUAGUUAACUUGGAUACUAAGAACCUCCUGAUACUGUUGAAUAUAAUCUUGUAUUCUUCCAGCAAUGCAACAUUCUCAUUUUAUAGCAACAGCAAAGAAGUCAGAGUUGUACUACUCACAAUGGAAGAUGCUUGUAAAAAAGACUUAGUAUUGAUGUAAAAAUACUUGUACCUUUUUUCAUAUUUGAAAACACUUGUAGAUAAUUUUGAUCUGUUGUAAAUUUUUCUUUUUAUUCCUUAUCUUUGUUACAUAUUUUUUCAUUCAUAGCGGAAUCAUAAUGAACUCAGCGGUUUCAAGUGAGGCAAUUUUAAUGUGAUCCUUUGUAAAGGGGUCAAAUGAUGUAUAGCGUUUCUAAAAGUAGAAACAAAAAGGAUGUUUCAAAAGUACUAUGUGAUGUAUUUAAUUUUAUAAACCCUAAUAAUCAAAUGAAA